AUGUUGCACUGCUUUUUGCCAGAAUGCUCUCGAGGCUUCUAUGGCUCGGGAUGUUCAAAAACCUGUCACCGCUGCCAUGUAUACUCAUGUGAUCGCUUUAAUGGGACCUGCAAGUUUGGCUGUACCACCGGUUAUACAGGCCCGCAGUGCAGCCAGGAGUGUCCCAAAGGCACCUUUGGACGAGACUGUAUUGAGAAAUGCUCAGCAACAUGUAGAGAUGCUGCUUGCAACCGCUUCAAUGGAAGCUGUACCCAUGGAUGUGUGACAGGCUACACAGGACCCCAGUGCCAAGAAAAAUGUGCUAUGGGUAAAUAUGGUGAUGGCUGUAAGGAGUCCUGCCCAUCCAGGUGCCAUGAUGGCAUAUGCCGUCAUACAGAUGGAACUUGCAUAAAUGGAUGCCAUCCUGGUUUCAGAGGUGCCCAUUGUGCAGAUGCCUGUUACAAACACACAUAUGGCCAAGGGUGUAAUAAGAAUUGUAGUCAAACCUGUCUGGACCAGUUAUGCCACCAUGCUGAUGGAAACUGUACAAAAGGCUGUGUGCCUGGAUAUCAAGGAGUUCACUGUGAGUCAAAGUGCGAUAAACACAAGUUCGGUAGUGGAUGCAAUCAGACAUGUAGUGCCAAUUGUCUCAACCAGACGUGUAACCACAUAACAGGCCGAUGCCGAAAUGGAUGUGUUCCAGGCUAUGAAGGUCGCCGCUGUAACUCAACUUGCAGUAACUACAAAUAUGGCUACCGCUGUCGAAACAAAUGCAGUGAUUUUUGUGUGGCUAAAGAGUGUCACUACAUCACAGGAGAAUGUAACAAAUAUUGUAUGCCUGGAUAUGACGGAAAAAGAUGCGACAGGCAAUGCCAACAUCCAUACUAUGGCAGUGGCUGCAUGCACUUAUGUAGCCAACAUUGUGUCAACAGGAUGUGUGACCCCAUAUACGGAGUUUGCACUGAGGGCUGCCUGUCAGGCUACAGACGACCACUUUGUACACUUGAGUGUCCUCCUCAUGCAUAUGGUGCAGAGUGUGCAAAUGAGUGCAGCCACAACUGUUACAAUCAGACAUGUCACCAUGUGAAUGGCUCCUGCCUGGAAGGAUGCAUUUUGGGAUACACAGGAUCACAUUGUUCUCGAAUUGUUCAGAGUGGCAAGCAGUCCCAAUUGGAUAUGUUUUAUAUUCUUUCCGGUGCCCUGGCUGCUAAUAUUGUCAUUUUGAUCUUGUGCGUCAUGUGCUGUAGGCACAUACGCAGCCCAAAGACGCAACCACCAAAAUUACUAGCAGAACAAGCAUUUGCCAUGGGGACAGUGGAACAUGCAGAAGAAUCUGCACGCCUCAUGUCUGAUCAGACCAAUGGUGGGUUGAGACUGACAGGUAACACACACUUUAAUGGCAGUACAACAGAUAUACGUUACGAAGAGGAGAUUAUCUACAUGAAUGUGGGAGAUAAUGACAUCAUCAUUCCUGACUCCAUCCCAGUUGAUGAAUUACAAGUGUAUAUACAAAACAAAAGGAAUUUUGAAGGUGGUUUUGGGGCUGAAUAUAAAAAAUUAUCUCAGAAUAAUGAAGCAACUUGUGAAGCAGCCAACCGCCCAGAAAACAAAGCAAAAAAUCGCUACAAAAAUAUUGUUGCCUAUGAUCACUCAAGAGUGGUUCUUGAAAAAAACAAAGAUAGCGAUUCAGAUUACAUCAACGCCAACUACAUUGAUGGAUACAGCAGGCCACGAAAAUAUAUUGCCUCACAAGGCCCUACCAGUGCCAUCAUUGUAGACUUCUGGAGGAUGCUAUGGCAAGUCAACUGCAAUAAACUUGUUAUGUUGACAAACCUCGUCGAGACUGGCAAGACCAAAUGUGAGAAAUACUGGCCUGAUAAAGAACAGAAACAAUAUGGUGACAUUAAAGCUCGUUGUAACGUUUUUUCUUCAAAAGAGUGA